AUUUGCCUUUAAAACGAUCACCAAUGGAAAAAAGAUCCCCCUUUUCGUUAAGAACAAUGCAGUUCUCAAGAAGUCUUCAUUUAUUUCUGUUCUUGUUUGGUCUAGCAAUUACACAGUCUACAUCCCAAUCAACCACCACAAACACCACCGCCGAUGACACCACCACCAUCACAAAAGCCGCCAACGUAACCAAACCCGGAUGCCAAAGCCAAUGUGGAAACGUAACCAUUCCAUAUCCCUUCGGCAUCGGCCCGGGCUGUUUUCUAAGCGAAUGGUUCGAGAUGACCUGCAACACCACUUUCAACCCUCCAAAACCCUUCAUCGAUGCUCUCCCAAUUCUUGAAAUCUCCGAUUCCACUUUACGAAUCCCUAGCAAAGUGGCAAGUAAAUGUUACGACCCAUUCGGAAAUCUCACAGAAAACAAUCCCGUUUCCAUAGGUCUCGGCUGGACAUCACCCUACACGUUUUCCCAAAAAAAUCAGUUCACUUUAAUCGGAUGCGAUGAUUUCGCUUUGUUCUUAGGCCCACAACAAGUGAACUUCACCAGCGGUUGCAUCACAUUGUGUUCACGACCUGAGGAGGUGAUCAACGGGUCGUGCACCGGAGUCGGAUGCUGCAAAACAUCGAUACCAAAAGGACUCAAAUACUACUACGCUUCUGUUGGUAGUAUGGUGUCUAAUCACACCACAGUUUGGUCUUUUGAUCCUUGUACUUACUCGUUUUUGGGUGAGGAAGAACGGUUUACGUUUCGAGGGGUGUCGGAUUUUAUGGACAGCGAUUUCAUAAACCGGACCCGGGCUAGUGUUCCGGUAUUGGUGGACUGGGUGGUCGGGAACUCGAGCUGCAGUGAAGCUAGAAACGCCGGCGUCUUGGCUUGCCAAGCAAAUACUCAUUGUAUUGAUUCUGAUACCGGAGCUCCGGGAUACAGAUGCGUUUGUAAUCAAGGCUAUCAAGGUCAACCAUAUCUUGAUCCAGGCUGUCAAGAUAUCAAUGAAUGUGAAAAUCCCAACAGUAACCUGUGCGAGGGGAUCUGUACCAACACUCCUGGAAGUUACUCGUGUUCUUGCAAAGAUGGCUACGUUGUAGAUGAAUUUAGCAACGGUCGAGGUUGUCUUGCUCAAACUUCGGAGUUCCCGGUUAUCAAAUUCUCCCUAGGUAUGGGAUUUGGUUUUAUGGCCCUUUUAGUCGGAAUAACAUGGCUGUAUUUUGCCUUCAAGAAGAGGAAGCUUAUCAAACUCCGACAAAAACUGUUUCAGCAAAACGGUGGUUUACUACUGAAACAACGAAUCAUUAGCACCGAAGGCGCCAGCGUUGACUCAACAAAAGUCUUCACCGCCGUGGAGUUAGAAAAAGCCACCAACAACUACGCUGAAGACAGAAUCUUGGGUCGUGGUGGCUACGGAACUGUAUACAAAGGUAUUUUUAGCAACGGUCAAGUCGUUGCUAUUAAGAAGUCUCGUGUAAUGGAUGAAUCCCAAAUCGAACAGUUCAUCAAUGAAGUCAUUAUCCUAACACAAGUCAACCAUCGGAAUGUUGUCAAGCUCUUGGGAUGUUGUUUAGAGAGUGAGGUCCCGUUGCUAGUUUAUGAAUAUGUUUCAAAUGGAACUCUCUUUAAUCAUAUUCAUGACAAAGGCACAAAUUGGUUAUCAUUGGAGAAUCGUUUAAGAGUAGCUGCAGAAUCGGCUGGUGCACUUUCAUAUCUUCAUUCGGCAACAUCAACCCCCGUGAUUCAUAGAGACGUGAAGUCUGCAAACAUAUUAUUAGACGGAAAUUAUACAACAAAAAUUGCGGAUUUUGGGGCAUCAAGAUUAGUCCCCAUAGAUCAAACACAAGUUACAACACUUGUUCAAGGAACUUUAGGGUACUUGGAUCCUGAAUACUUCCAUACAAGUCAGUUAACUGAAAAGAGCGAUGUUUAUAGCUUUGGAGUUGUGUUAGCUGAGCUUUUAACAGGGAGAAAACCGUUGUGUAUGGAAAGAACCGAGGAAGAAAGGAAUUUGACGACAUAUUUUGUAAUGGCGCUAAAAGAAAACCGUUUGUUUCAAAUUCUUGAUCCUAGAGUUGUAAGGGAAGGAAGCCUAGAUCAACUUCAGGAAAUUGGUGAGCUUGUGAAAAGAUGUGUUAAGCUUACUAGUGAUGAACGACCUACGAUGAAAGAAGUGGCCACUCAACUUGAAGGUUUGCGGAAGUUUACUCAACAUCCAUGGGCGAAUCAAGGGGAUGAAGAAAACACGAGCUUGAUACACACCGAGAAUGAACAAGAGGAUCUUUAUGGUGAGUCGAUUAAUCCGUAUUCUACUACAGUUGAACUCUCUUCGGGUUUUAGUAUCGAUAGCAGUCUGGUUUAUUCCACACAUGUGCCCCAAUGAUACGAAUCGGAACCAUGGAAAAUAUAAAUAGCAUAGACCCAUAGUUGGUUCUCAUGGCUUUGUAAUUUUAGUAUCAUUGAUUUUUCUUUUUGAUGUAUCAUAAGACAUUAGUAAUUAUUGAUUUAUUCACACAUUUAUGAUUUUGUCAUACGUUAGAGUUCUU